UUAAGUGGACGUUUGUAGUCUUCAGAAAAAAUAAUGCUAACACCGAAUUUGCUUAAAACGCUGGAAUAUAGGCCUAUGUACUGAGGUGACCGCGCCAGUGUACAGAUAUGAAAAGCUACGGCAGUAUGUUUUCGGUUUAACACAAGCGAAUGCCGGGUGGUUGAGGACUUUGCCCGGCGGUACUCGUUUCGUUUGCAAAAUGUAACUGAAAUGCGUCGAGUCCACCUUAAGACGGUCGCUUCGCCCCUUUGAGUCUUCACACCCCUCGGUGUUUUGUAAUCCUGGCUGGUUUCCUGUUUAAAGCAAUAGUGUGUAUUUUAUUCGUGAAGCUAUAGGCGUACUGGCACAGACAGACACCGACACAAACACCGCGGUUCACCUCGCUUUGCUACCUUAAGUUAAGCACCUCUGUCUACCUCAGCACUCGCCUCGGUGUCUCGUGUAAUCUGUCACACUGAAGGAGGAAGCGCCGCCGCCGACUCGCCCGUUUAUCGCUUCUUGAAGACACGGAGAGCGCUUCAGGUAAAUCAAUAUUAUCCAGUCACGAAACAAACUCCUUCGUUUUUUGGUGUUUGCGUGGGUGUGUGUGUGUGCGUCAGUUCUGUUUUAAACGUCCUCCGUCUCUCCCAACGCCGUGCAAAACCAAAAGAAAUGGACAUGUAAAGGAACAUACUUAGUCGAAAAUCGAAUAAAAAAAAAGUUUUUUUUCUGGUAGCGAGAUGCGGGUGUGUGAGUGACUGCUGUUGUCUUAUACAGAUCCGACACAGAUACAAUCUUGACAGCCGAGCAGGUAAACGCCAGACUGCUGCUAGGUGAGUGCUGCACUUUGCAUUCCUGUCAGACCUCUCGCAUCGCUAACGCAGCGCUGCAUGAGUCCCUGUCCCACAGCUGUCAGAGGGAGUGGCCUGCAGACACCGAAACCGCAGCACAAUACAGUAUCCGAAAUUGAACUGCGAUGCAUCGCUUACCCUAAACGCCACGGGGAAGCAGCCGCUGUGAGGGGACAGCGGAGACUGAGAGAGGAGAACUGAGAGAGACUCGGAUCGGAACUAAACAAGACAGAAAAACUCCUGGAAACAAGACCGAGAACUCCGCCGCGGAGCUGCAGCGCUCUCAUUACAACUCUCUGGGCAGACAGACCCCAGACACCAGGAUGGUGUAGAGUGUGCCGGGAGUUUGCUGAUCCGUCAUGGCUGUGUUUAAGUUGGGGAUUGUGGAGGACCUGUAUGAAAUAGGAGAUGUACUGGGCAGUGGCCACUUCGGCACGGUGCGGCUGGUGCGGGAGAAGGGCUCAGGAACGGAGUACGCAGGGAAGUUCCUGAAGAUCCGGAAGUGCAAGAGCAGCCGGCUGGGGCUGGAUCGGGAGGACGUGGAGCGAGAGGUGGAGAUCCUGCAAGCCCUGCAGCACCCCAACAUCAUGGCUCUGAGAGACGUGUUCGAGAGCAAGGCAGAGCUGGUGCUCAUACUGGAGAUGAUCCGUGGAGGGGAGCUCUUUGACUUCGUGGCUGAGAAGGAGAUGCUCUCUGAGGACGACGCCAUCCAGUUCAUGAAGCAGAUCCUGCAGGGAGUGGGAUACAUGCACUCCAAACACAUCGCACACUUCGACCUCAAGCCAGAGAACAUCAUGCUGCUGGAGAAGGUCAUGCCCCAACCCCACAUCAAGCUCAUCGACUUCGGACUGUCCCACCGGAUAGAGGAGGGGGUCGAGUACAAGAGCCUGUCUGGCACCCCUCAGUACAUCGCUCCUGAAGUUAUCAACUACGAGAGGCUGAGUGAGGCUGCAGACAUGUGGAGUCUUGGAGUCAUUACCUUCAUUCUGCUCAGUGGUACCUCCCCGUUUCAGGGUGACACAGACGAAGAGACUCUCACCAACAUCGUGUCUCUGACCUACGAGUUCGACGAGCAGCACUUCAGCCAGACCAGCGCCAUGGCCAAGGACUUCAUCCAGAGCCUGCUGGUCAAGGAGCCCAGUGAGAGGAUGACUGCAGUCGAGAGCCUGAUUCAUCCCUGGAUAAAGCCUCUCAACAGGAUGCAGGCCACCAAUCGCAGCCGCUCCUCCAUCAACAUGAAGAAUUUCAGAAAAUUCAACGCCAGGCGGAAAUGGAAGGUUUCCUAUAAGAUGGUGUGGGCCUGUAACCGGAUGUGUCGCCUGCAGCGCCUCUGCAAGAACAGCGCCAAGGAGGACGAGGCCCUGAGGCAGUGUGAGAGUGACCCAGAGGACACCGAAACCAAGCCUGCCUCCUUGCUGCGGAGACGACUCAGCAGCAGCUCCUAGAAUCAGCCAGGAGGGGGCGCCGGUGCGGUCGCGCACAGUCAGCUUGCUACGAGUCUGAAAUGUCAAGCGGUAUUGUAACGAAUGCAUUCUUCUGCCUCUCGUUUCACUCGGAGUAUCCAUUUCUCUUUCGGUCUCGGAAGCUGAAGCUCCCUGUGGUGUCUAUAGAGCUAUCUGUCGAAGUACAGCUGGCACACCAGAGUGUAAUCAUUAACCCUUUGCGGUCCUAUGUCAGACCUGGUCCGAUAUUGCAAUUUUCCCUUUCCGGUCCAACGUCGGACCCUGUCCGACAUCAUCAAAAAGACAUAAUAAACAGGUCUCUAGUCGUUUUUUUCUCCGGAAAAAGCAGAGAAAACCAUUUAGUGGCCGAGUGAGACCGAUAGGAGCCGAAAAAAAAAAAAAAAAAGGGCGUAUCUCAUGAAUAUAGAUAGUCCCGACACCACAUCGAUAACACGGACAUAAACAAAGAAGAUAGCUGCUUCUGCAUCCAGCGCUCAAAGAAUAUCAGACAUUUGCAGAGCUUUUUUAGAUGUUAUUGUAAUAAAAUAAUGACAUGGAUCGCAUUAUUGAGGAGUUUGGUGAUAAAACGAGUGAUCAGGAGAUGAUUUAUCGGUAUGCACGACUAUGAAGAGGUAUGUGAAAAAUACAGCGAACAAGGGGUGGGGCGGGGCUGGAGAUGCAGUACUGAGUGUCCUGUUGAUAUGCAGGGCCUUUUAAACCUGUUUUACUGUAAAAAAAAAUACUUUUAAAACAGCGCGUCUAAAAUAAACUGCACGUGUGAAAAUAAAUGGACCGCUAAGGGUUAACCUGCCCUCUCCUGCAGCAAUCUGCUGCCCCCUAGUGGAUGUAACAAAUACCACCUGGAACCUUACAUCAGAGAGAUUGAUGGUUACAUGCUGGUGUACCAGCUGUAGUGAGAGGCGUUUGAGAGCUGAAUUGAGGCCACAGGGAGCUUUUUAAACGGCUGACAGGAAACGAUAUACAAAGUGAACCUCAAUGAGAAGGAUACGUUAGGAUACCUGAUAUCUGAGACCUGCUGGCAGCAACAAAGUGUGUUACCACACCUGCAGUGACAUCACGGUGCAAUCCCUGCUGAGUGAGGAACAACAAACAGUGCUCCACCUCGUAAUACAGCACCACCUGUGUCCAGAUGUGGUAACUGCAGGGAGAUAUUGCAGUGAUUGUAGCGGACAGAGUAAUUCCAUGAAUCUCACCUGUUGACACACAGGUCUCAAAAUGUGCAGUUUUGAAAGAAACACCUACUAUAGUAAAUCUUUUCAUUUUGAAAAACAUAUCCGGUGCGGAACUUGGUUAAAGAAAUCUCCGUUUGCAACCCAUACUUUCACAAAGUGUUACACUUCCUUGGUCAGGUGAAAUUGCCCCCUGGCUUCUUUCCUGUCAUUAACCAGUCAGCUGCUUCCCAGGUUCACUGACAUGCUUUCAGCGUGAGACCACGGCUCGGGUGUCUGUGUAACAGAUAUCCUGAGAGUAAGGCACAGAGAUGAGUGGGGAUCAGGCUUUACAAUGAAAAGACAUGUUUGCUAUUAUGUGUUUCUUUCAGAACUGUACAUCUGAGACCUAUGUAGGCAAUGGAGCGACAAUUUACAGGGAAAGUCUCAUUCCCUCCUAUAGGUCAUAAGUUAACUCUCCUGAUUUCCAGUGGGCAAAUGAAGCUAUGCCAUACAUUACUGUUACCAAUGAUAAUACUGCAUGAAGUGUGUUUUUAAAGAAUUUUAAAAAAAUGUAGAAAUAUAUUUGUGUUGAAGAAAUUGUUCGCAUACUUGAUUUUAAUAAAAGCAUGACGUUUUUCUGUAACUCUCA